CAGAAACAUUUGCAGGCUUACACUCCAUAUAUAAUCAUAAUGUAUAGACGAAGGUAAGGGUGAUGGCUUGCAAACUAUACAUUCAUUGAACUGUUAACAUGAUCAAUGCUGAAGUUGUGGCUUCAAGUAUUUUUCUUUUACUAAUACCUUGAACAUUUGUAUUUACAGUGGUCGCUUGCAAACGGCAAAAUCUGAAAAUGCAUCAAUCCAGAAAGGCAAGAUUACAAAGGUACAGAACUUUCUGGCUUCAACUAUACUUUCAGUUCAUGAUUAUUGUGGUCUGACAUACAGUACAUUCUUUCAUUUCAGCAAGGCAACAAAAAUAAGUGUCAGCCCUUGUCAAAACGUCAAAGUGGGAUUCAGGUAAACGCAUAAAGAAUACAACAGAAAUAAACUCACUGAAUAUGUCCCAUAUACCAUGAGCUGUAAUAUUUUAAGACUAUUUUAUAGCAAACUCAGUCGAACAUGUCUGUGAUAUUCAAUCUCACAAAGAUUAUUUCCAUUGUAGAACCAGCUAGUCCUUGAAGGAGUCAGCAACCCCUGCGUUCUUGUGAAAACCCCUGAGAAAAGGGUUGAGACAGCCUGUGAACUGUCUAACUUCGAAGACCUAAGGUCUGGAAAAAAAAUUGUGGUGCAGCCAUCUCCUCUUCCCCUCAGGUAAGUUGGACAUCUAUGGUCUCGCACUCUUGAACCUCAGUGCUACUGAUGAUUGUUUAUCCUUUUUGAUUCCUUGUAUGUCCAGUUGCUUAAUCAACACUGUAUGUGCGUUGAUCAGCUGGGGUUGUCCAGAAGUGUGGGAUAAGAUGUUGAUGAAGGAGCGGAAAUACAUACACAGCAAUAACUUCACGCAGCUGCAUCCCAGAAUACAGCCCAAGAUGAGGUCCAUUCUCCUCGACUGGUUACUUGAGGUAUGUACAAAAAUCAUGAACGUUUUACAAUUCAUCUGUGCGACUGAACUCAUAUUGAUUGUGGACCUGAAUGUAUUUGAUUUGAUGGUGACUUUAGACGUCAUUGGUGAUAAAUAAAUAAGCCUUCUGUUUCUGUAGUGUGAGGCAACUUGUAGUACACACCCUGAACAGGAUGCUAGUGGUGAUAAUAGCAGCCAUGUAAAUGUUCUGAUGGUUUCUCGUUUCUAGGUGAGUGAGGUCUACACCCUUCAUCGGGAGACGUUUUACCUGGCACAGGACUACUUCGACCGGUUCAUGCUGAUCCAGGAGGACAUUGAUAAGGACAGACUGCAGCUUAUUGGAAUCACCUCACUCUUCAUCGCAGCUAAAAUAGAGGUAAGAUGGAACUCUCUAGUUCAGGGCUGCCCAACCCUGUUCCUGGAGAGCUACCGUACUGUAGAUUUUUUCUCCAUCCUCGGUUGUAACUAACCUGACUCAGUUUAUCAACUAGCUAAUUGUUAGAAUCAGUUGUGAUAGAUUAGGGUUGUCGCGAAACCCUACAAGAUGGUAGCUCUCCAGGAACUGGGUUGGGGAGCCCUGCUCUAGUUUGAAAUCCCCUGGUACUUCUCCUGUGUUCUCUAACCUUCCAUUUGCAUGUAGGGAAAAGUAUUGCUCUGACCUAUAUGUUCUGUUUGCCUAGUGGAAAAUGUUGUCCGAGCCUAUUGUUGGGCUUGGUGGUCAGAUGAGAUAAUUGGCCUGUUAAUGGCCAGCCCAAAUAGAAGGAAUUUCACACCAACUUUAAACAGCCCACACUUCACACACUUGCUUGUACACACAGGACAUGGCCCACAUCAGCUGGUGCCAGACACCAUCGGUUAGAUAAGGUGAAAAUGUUUGUUCUGCUUUCACAUUUCAGUCUGAUCUUAAGUUCUGUUUUGCUGGAAAGGUGCAUAAUGCCCUACUGUUCUUCUCUUGUAGGAAAUGUAUCCUCCAAAGCUUCAUGAGCUAGCCUAUGUAACAGAUGGGGCAUGCAUGGAGGAGGAGAUUCUGCAAAUGGAACUGGUCAUUUUGAAGGUUAGAUACCAUAAUAAAGCUUUGUUUAUUCACUUGAAGCGCACUGUCUGCAUCCCAAAUGGCACCACAUAGGCCCAUAUGGCUUUUGCCAAAAGUAGUGCACUAUAUAGGUCAGGGCUCUCAACCCUGUUCCUGGAGAGCUACCCUCCCGUAGGCUUUUGCUCCAACAACCCCAGUUGUAACUAACCUGAUUCAGUUUAUUAACCAGCUAAUAAUUCGAAUCGGGUACACUAGAUUAGGGUUGGAGUGAGAACCUACAGGACGGUAGCUCUCCAGGAACAGGGUUGGGGAACCCUGAUAUAGGGAAUAAGGUGCCAUUUUGGAAGCAGAUAAUGUUCUUUAGGGAGUUAAGUAGGUGAACUACAAACGUUGAUAUAUUUUAACUCUAUCCUUUAUCCAUUUAACAGGCAUUAAACUGGAGUCUUUGUCCUGAGACCGUUGUUGUAUGGCUGAAGCUCAUGAUCCAGAUGGCAUCACUGGAAGACCAACCUGACUGUGAUAUUCUGUUGCCUGAGUUUUCUCAGGAGAAUUAUAUACAGGUCACACGGGUAUGUUUACUCACCGAACCAGGCUUUGUUGAUUGCCUUUAGCCACCAAUCAAGUUACUGCUAGAGAAAAGCGAUAGAGAUAAAUGGUGUCUAUUUACAGUGCUUUCAGGAAGUAUUCAACCCUUGACAUUUUCCACAUUUUGUUGUUACAGCCUGAAUUUAAAAUUGAUUAAAUUGAGAUUUUGUCGCUGGCCUGUACAAUGUCAAAGUGAAAUUAUGUUUUUAGAAAUGUUUACAAACUAAUGAAAAGCUGAAAUGUCUCGAGUCAAUAAGUAUUCAGCCCCUUUUAAUGGCAAGCCUAAAUAAGUUCAGGAGUAAACAUUUGCUUAACAAGUCACAUAAGUUGCAUGAACUCACUGUGUGCAAUAAUAGUGUUUAACAUGAUUUUUGAAUGACUACCUCAUCUCUGUACCCCACACAUACAAUUAUCUGUAAGGUCUGUCGAGCAGGGAAUUUCAAACCGAUUCAACCACAAAGACCAGGGAGGUUUUCCAAUGCCUCCUAAAGAAGGGCACCUUCAUUGAAAUAUACCUUUGAGCAUGGUGAAGUUAUUAAUUACACUUUGGAUGGUGUAUCAAUACAUCCAGUCACUACAAAGAUACAGGCGUCCUUCCUAACUCAGUUGCCGGAGAGGAAGGAAACCGCUCAGGGAGUUCACCAUGAGGCCAAUGGUGACUUUAAAACGGUUACAGAAUUUAAUGGCUGUGAUAGAAAACUGAGGAUGGAUCAACAACAUUGUAGUUACUCCACAAUACUAACCUAAUUGACAGAGUGAGAAGAAGGAAACCUGUACAGAAUAAAUAAAUAUUCCAAAACAUGCAUCCUGUUUGCAACGAGGCACUAAUGUAAUACUGCAAAAAAAUUGGCAAAGCAAUUACCUUUUUUUGUCCUGAAUACAAAGCGUUAUGUUUGGGGCAAAUCCAACACAUUACUGAGUACCACUCUACAUAUUGUCAACCGUAGUGGUGGCUGCAUCAUGUUAUGGGUAUGCUUGUAAUCGUUAAGGACUGGGUAGUUUUUCAGGAUUAAAAAAAGAAAGGGAAUGGAGCUAAGCACAGGCAAAAUCCUAUAGGAAAACCUGGUUCAGUCUGCUUUCCACCAGACACUGGGAGAGGAAUUCACCUUUCAGCAGGACAAUAAACUAAAACGAGGCCAAAUCUACACUGGAGUUGCUUACCAAGAAGACCAUGUUCCGAAGUGGCUGAGCUACAGUUUUGACUUAAAUCUGCUUGAAAAUCUAUGGCAAGACCUGAAAAUGGUGGUCUAGCAAUGAUCAACGAAAUGUUGCAAAAUCUAGGUGUGCAAAGCUCUUGGAGACCUACCCAGAAAGACUUGCAGCUGUAAUCACUGCCAAAGGCACUUCUACAAAGUAUUGACUCAGGGGUGUGAAUACUUAUUUUAAUGAGAUUUCUGUAUUUAUUUUUCAAUGCAUGUGCAAACAUUUCAAAAAAUAUUUUCACUGUCAUUAUGGGGUAUUGUGUUGAUGAGUAAAAAAAAAAAAUAUAUAUAAUCAAUUUUGAAUUCCGGCUGUAACACAAGAUGUGGAAUACGUCAAGGGGUAUGAAUACUUUCUGAAGGCACUGUAUCAUGAUCCCAAAUCAGUCAAAUUACCUACAGUGCACAUAUUUACAAUGUACCUGUUGUUCUCAGCUCUUAGAUCUGUGCAUCCUCAAUAUCAAUUCAUUGGACUACCAGUAUCGGGUGCUGGCGGCGGCAGCGUUAUGUCAUUACCUACCGUAUGAAGUGGUAGAAAAAGUAUCAGGUGAGAAACUACACAAGUAAUUUAUCUAUUGUUUUGCUGUUGAGGAUGAAAUAUACAUGUGAGACUUUAUGCAAUGUGAUUACUGAGGAGACUGUUAUUGUAUCUCGCUCUCCCAGGGCUGACGUGGGAUGUCCUGGACGGUGUUACUGACUGGAUGGCUCCCUUUGUGGAUACGGUCGCUGUGUGUGGCAGGGCACAGCUGAAGGACUUUAUCAAAGUAGCCUCUGAGGACAGGCAUAACAUCCAGACACACUCAAGCUACUUACUCAUGCUGGUGAGUACUUAGUACCUCAGACACCAUUGACUGUUAAAAAUCAUCUCUUCAAUUUCCAUACUGUGGAUGUCAAUGUGGUUGCUGUAAGUAACAAAGUUGUAGUGGAAAGAUUCUGUUGGUGAAUUGGGAUUAAGCUUUGGCCAACCACUUGGUGUCUUUUCUUUUCAGGAAGAGGCCAGGAGGAGGGAGUUGGAGCACCAGUUCCUGACUCCCCCCAACAGCACAGAGAAGCCCAUGACACACUGAGCCUGGAGACAGUGGUCUGAAGCUCUAAACUAACACUGGGAAGAUAACUGCAAAGAGCCCACUGCCUGUCUACAGACUGGCUCUGUCAUAUUCUAAAAUAGGCAAAUACAGGACAGGAGAUGGUUCGUGGUUGAUAAAGCAUCGACUGUUUAUCAGGGACCAAAGGAAUGACUAGUCUGCUUUGCACCAAGGGUCCAGACCUGGCUGUUUUGCCUAAGAUCCUGAGCUGGAUGUCCAGCUCAUUUAAUGAACAUGUUUGCAUAUGAACUUGAUUUUUUUUGUUUUUUUUAUGUAAUGUUUUGAAUGAGGACAAGUUUCCUCAAUAAAGUAUUAUGGGUUUAUUGGCCUGUGGUACUUGUGCUUAGAUUGAUCUUUAACUUUAUUUAUUAUUUUAAAUUCCACUGAUUAGUUUACCAGAACAUUACAAUUUCUGAGGUUUUAUUGAGGAGUUCUGAAUUGUAUUUCUGGAAGAUUCUAUUCCUUUAAAUCAAUUGCAGAGUAUGGCAUUAACUAUAUGUACUUUUUAUUAGGUACACCCAUCUUUAUUAGGUACAGUUUAUUAGAUACACCCAUCUAGUACCAGG